CGACAGCACGGGGCUGAUCAUCACUGUGGACUACCUGGACUACGAGACCAAGACCAGCUACCUGAUGAAUGUGUCCGCCACCGACCAGGCGCCCCCCUUCAACCAGGGCUUCUGCAGCGUCCACGUCACGCUGCUCAACGAGCUGGACGAGGCCGUGCAGUUCUCCAACGCGUCCUACGAGGCCACCAUCCUGGAGAACCUGGCCCUGGGCACCGAGAUCGUGCGGGUGCAGGCCUACUCCCUCGACAACCUCAACCAGAUCACCUACCGCUUCGACGCCUACACCAGCGCCCAGGCCAAAGCUCUCUUCAAGAUCGACGCCGUCACGGGCGUGAUCACAGUCAAGGGCCUGGUGGACCGAGAGAAGGGAGACUUCUACACCUUGACGGUGGUGGCAGACGAUGGUGGCCCCAAGGUGGACUCCACUGUGAAGGUCUACAUCACAGUGCUGGAUGAGAAUGACAAUAGCCCCCGGUUCGACUUCACCUCUGACUCAGCGGUCUCUGUGCCUGAGGACUGCCCCGUGGGCCAGCAAGUGGCCACUGUGAAGGCCCGGGACCCCGACGCCGGCAGCAACGGGCAGGUGGUCUUCUCCCUGGCCUCCGGCAAUGUGGCCAGGACCUUUGAAAUUCUCACAUUCAACGAUUCCAUUGGUGAAGUGUUUGUGGCCAGGCCCCUGGACAGAGAAGAACUGGACCACUACAUCCUCAAGGUGGUGGCCUCUGAUCGUGGCACCCCGCCACGGAAGAAGGACCACAUCCUGCAGGUGACCAUCCUGGACGUCAACGACAACCCCCCCGUGAUCGAGAGCCCCUUUGGAUACAAUGUCAGCGUGAACGAGAAUGUAGGCGGGGGCACCACUGUGGUCCAGGUGAGAGCCACCGACCGUGACAUUGGGCUCAACAGCGUCCUGUCCUACUACAUCACGGAGGGCAACGAUGACAUGACCUUCCGCAUGGACCGCAUCAGCGGCGAGAUCACCACUCGGCCAGCACCCCCAGACCGCGAGCACCAGAGCUUCUACCACCUGGUGGUCACCGUGGAGGACGAGGGCACCCCCACCCUGUCGGCCACCACCCACGUGUAUGUGACCAUCGUGGAUGAAAACGAUAACGCGCCUGCGUUCCAGCAGCCCCACUACGAGGUGCUGCUGGAUGAGGGCCCUGCCACGGUGGGCGCCAGCCUCCUCACCAUCCAGGCGCUGGACCCGGACGAGGGGCCCAAUGGCACAGUGAGCUACGCCAUCGUCUCGGGCAACAUCAUCAACACGUUCCGUAUCGACAGACACACGGGCGUCCUCAGCGCUGUCAAGGAGCUGGACUACGAGAUCAGUCAUGGCCGCUACACGCUGAUCGUCACCGCCACAGACCAGUGCCCCAUCCUGUCCCACCGUCUCACCUCUACUACCACGGUGCUGGUGGACGUGAAUGACAUCAAUGACAAUGUGCCCACCUUCCCCCGAGACUACGAGGGGCCGUUUGACGUCACAGAGGGCCAGCCAGGGCCCAGAGUGUGGACCUUCCUGGCCCACGACCGGGACUCGGGCCCCAACGGCCAGGUGGAGUACAGCAUCGUGGAUGGAGACCCCCUAGGGGAGUUUCUGAUCUCUCCUGUGGAGGGGGUGCUGCGGGUCCGCAGGGACGUGGAGCUGGACCGGGAGACCAUUGCCUUCUACAACCUGACCAUCUGUGCCCGUGACAGGGGGGUGCCCCCCCUCAGCUCCACAAUGCUGGUGGGCAUCCGGGUGCUGGACAUCAACGACAAUGACCCGGUGCUGCUGAACCUGCCCAUGAACAUCACCAUCAGCGAGAACAGCCCCGUCUCCACCUUCGUCGCCCACAUCCUGGCCAGUGACGCCGACAGUGGCUGCAAUGCCCUGCUCACCUUCAACAUCACGGCCGGCAACCGCGAGAGGGCCUUCAUCAUCAAUGCCACGACAGGGGUCGUGACUGUGAACCGGGCCCUGGACCGUGAGCGGAUCCCAAAUUACAAGCUGACCGUUUCGGUGAAGGACAACCCAGGGGACCCCCGCAUCGCCAGGCGGGACUUCGACUUCCUGCUGAUCUUUCUUGCGGACGAGAAUGACAACCACCCGCUCUUUACUGAGAACACCUACCAGGCGGAGGUGAUGGAGAACUCCCCCGAGGGGACCCCCCUCACGAUGCUCAAUGGGCCCAUCCUGGCCCUGGAUGCAGAUGAGGACAUCUACGCUGUAGUGACCUACCGCCUACUGGGCGCCCAGAGUGGCCUCUUCCACAUCAACAACAGCACAGGGGUGGUGACAGUGAGGUCAGGAGUCACCAUUGACCGGGAGGCCUUCUCACCUCCCAUCCUGGAGCUGCUCCUGCUGGCCGAGGACAUCGGGCUGCUGAAUGGCACUGCCGACCUGCUGGUCACCAUCCUGGACGACAAUGACAACUGGCCCACGUUUAGCCACAAUGCCCUUACCGUGCACCUAGUGGAGAACUGCCCCCCAGGGUUCUCAGUCCUCCAAGUCACAGCCACGGAUGAGGACAGUGGCCUCAAUGGGGAGCUGAUCUACCGAAUAGAAGCAGGGGCUCAGGACCGCUUCCAUAUCCACCCGGCCACCGGGGUCAUCCGAGUGGGCAAUGUCACCAUCGACAGGGAGGAGCAAGAAUCCUACAGGCUAACAGUGGUGGCCACCGACCGGGGCACGGCCCCUCUCUCGGGCACGGCCAUCAUCACCAUCCUCAUCGAUGACAUCAAUGACUCCCGCCCCGAGUUCCUCAACCCCAUCCAGACGGUGAGCGUGCUGGAGUCGGCUGAGCCAGGCACCGUCAUUGCCAACGUCACCGCCAUCGACCGUGACCUCAACCCCAAGCUGGAGUACCACAUCAUUGGCAUUGUCGCCAAGGAUGACACCGACCGCCUGGUCCCGGACCAGGAGGACGCCUUUGCUGUGAAUAUCAACACAGGGUCUGUAAUGGUGAAGUCCCCACUGAACCGGGAGCUGGUUGCCACCUACGAGGUCACUGUCUCCGUGAUUGACAAUGCCAGCGACCUUCCGGAGCGAGCCGUCAGUGUGCCCAAUGCCAGGCUGACGGUCAGCAUCCUGGACGUCAAUGACAACACGCCCCAGUUCAAGCCCUUCGGGAUCACCCACUACACAGAGCGGGUCUUGGAGGGGGCCACCCCGGGCACCACACUCAUUGCCGUGGCCGCCGUGGACCCUGACAAAGGCCUGAAUGGGCUCAUCACCUACAGCCUGCUUGACAUCACGCCCCCGGGCUCCGUGCAGCUGGAAGACCCCUCCUCCGGGAAGGUCAUUGCCAACCGCACGGUGGACUAUGAGGAGGUGCACUGGUUCAACUUCACCGUGAGGGCUUCUGACAACGGGUCGCCUCCCCGGGCAGCUGAGAUCCCGGUCUUCCUGGAGAUUGUAGACAUCAAUGACAACAACCCCAUCUUCGACCAUCCCUCCUACCAGGAAGCCAUCUUUGAGGAUGUGCCUGUGGGCACCGUCAUUCUCACAGUCUCCGCCACCGAUGCCGACUCGGGCAACUUUGCACUCAUCGAGUACAGUCUCGGGGACGGCGAGGGCAAGUUUGCCAUCAACCCCACCACGGGUGACAUCUAUGUACUGUCCUCACUGGACCGGGAGAAGAAGGACCACUACAUCCUGACCGCCUUGGCCAAAGACAACCCUGGGGAUGCAGCCAGCAACCGUCGAGAAAACUCGGUGCAGGUGGUGAUCCAGGUGCUGGAUGUCAAUGACUGCCGGCCCCAGUUCUCCAGGCCCCAGUUCAGCACCAGCGUGUACGAGAACGAGCCCGCAGGGACCUCCGUCAUCACCAUGCUGGCCACCGACCAGGAUGAGGGCUCUAACGCAGAAUUGGCCUACUCGCUGGAAGGCCCUGGUGCCGAGGCCUUCCACGUGGAAACGGACUCAGGCCUGGUGACCACCAAGCGACCACUGCAGUCCUACGAGAGGUUCAACCUGACGGUGGUGGCCACAGAUGGUGGCGUGCCCCCUCUCUGGGGCACCACCAUGCUCCUGGUGGAGGUCAUCGACGUCAAUGACAACCGCCCCGUCUUUGUACGCCCACCAAACGGCACCAUCCUACACAUUAGAGAGGAGAUUCCGCUGCGCUCCAACGUGUACGAGGUCUUCGCCACUGACGAGGAUGAAGGCCUCAACGGGGCGGUGCGCUACAGCUUCCUGAAGACGGCGGGCAACCGCGACUGGGAGUUCUUCACCAUCGACCCCGUCAGCGGCCUCAUCCAGACGGCCCGGCGCCUGGACCGCGAGCAGCAGGCCGUGUACAGCCUCAUCCUGGUGGCCAGCGACUUGGGCCAGCCGGUGCCCUACGAGACCAUGCAGCCGCUGCAGGUGGCCCUGGAGGACAUCGACGACAACGAGCCCCUCUUCGUGAGGCCCCCAAAAGGCAGCCCCCAGUACCAGCUGCUGAUGGUCCCCGAGCACUCACCACGCGGCACCCUCGUGGGCAACGUGACAGGUGCUGUGGACGCAGACGAGGGCCCCAAUGCCAUUGUGUACUACUUCAUCGCAGCCGGCAACGAAGAGAAGAACUUCCACCUGCUGCCUGACGGGCGGCUGCUGGUGCUGCGGGACCUGGACCGGGAGCGGGAGGCUGCCUUCUCCUUCAUUGUGAAGGCCUCCAGCAACCGCAGCUGGACUCCACCCCGAGGGCCCUCGCUGGCCCUCGUCGACCCGCUGGCCGACCUCACGCUGCAGGAGGUGCGCGUGGUGCUGGAGGACAUCAAUGACCAGCCUCCGCGCUUCACCAAGUCUGAGUACACUGCAGGAGUGGCCACCGACGCCAAGAUGGGCUCAGAGCUGAUCCAGGUGCUGGCCCUGGACGCAGACAUCGGCAACAACAGCCUGGUGUUCUACAGCAUCCUGGCCAUCCACUACUUCCAGGCCUUCGCCAACGACUCGGAAGAUGUGGGCCAGGUCUUUACCAUGGGGAGUGUGGACGGGAUCCUGCGCACCUUUGACCUCUUCAUGGCCUACAGCCCUGGCUACUUCGUGGUGGACAUCGUGGCCAGGGACCUGGCGGGCCACAACGACACAGCCAUCAUCGGCAUCUACAUCCUGAGGGACGACCAGCGUGUCAAGAUCGUCAUUAACGAGAUCCCUGACCGAGUGCGUGGCUUUGAAGAGGAGUUCAUCCGCCUGUUGUCUAACAUCACUGGUGCCAUCGUCAACACUGACGAUGUCCAGUUCCACGUGGACAAGAAGGGGCGGGUGAACUUCGCACAAACAGAGCUGCUCAUCCACGUGGUGAACCGGGACACCAACCGCAUCCUGGAUGUGGACAGGGUUAUCCAGAUGAUUGACGAGAACAAGGAGCAGCUGCGGAACCUCUUCCGGAACUACAACGUGCUGGACGUGCAGCCGGCCAUCUCGGCCCGGCUGCCCGAUGACAUGUCCGCGCUGCAGAUGGCCAUCAUCGUGCUGGCCACCCUCCUCUGCGUGGCCGCCCUGCUCUUCAUCCUCAUGAACUGGUACUACAGGACCAUACACAAGCGGAAGCUCAAGGCCAUCGUCGCAGGCUCGGCAGGGAGUCGAGGUUUCAUCGACAUCAUGGACAUGCCCAACACCAAUAAGUACUCCUUCGACGGGGCCAACCCCGUGUGGCUGGAUCCUUUCUGCCGGAACCUGGAGCUGGCUGCCCAGGCGGAGCAGGAGGACGACCUGCCGGAGAACCUGAGUGAGGUGGCGGACCUGUGGAACAGCCCCACCCGCACACACGGCACGUUUGGGCGUGAGCCAGCGGCUGUCAAGCCUGCAGAUGACCGCUACCUGCGCGCUGCCCUCCAGGAGUACGAGGACAUCGCCAAGCUGGGCCAGGUCAUCCGGGAGGGGCCCAUCAAGGGCUCGCUGCUGAAGGUGGUCCUGGAGGAUUACCUGCGGCUCAAAAAGCUCUUUGCACAACGGAUGGUGCAGAAAGCCUCCUCGUGCCACUCCUCCACCUCCGAGCUGAUCCAGACGGAAGUGGAGUCGUCAUCGGGGGCCUGCAGCCCGGACCAGGGCAGCCUGCGGUUCCGCCACAAGCCGCCCGUGGAGUUCAAGGGCGCAGACGGGAUCCACGGGGUGCACGGCAGCACCGGCACGCUGCUGCCCACCGACCUCAACAGCCUGCCCGAGGACGACCAGAAGGGCCUGGGCCGCUCGCUGGAGACGCUGACGGCCGCCGAGGCCAGCGCCUUCGAGCGCAAUGCCCGCACCGAGUCCGCCAAGUCCACGCCCCUGCACAGGCUGCGCGACGUGAUCAUGGAGAGCCCCCUGGAGGUCACGGAGCUGUGAGCCCUGCCCGGCCGGCUCGGCCCAUCGCCACCUUCAUAAGAUUGGUUAUUUUUUUAAGAAAACAACAAAACCGGAAGUGUCUGUGGACACGAGGUAAAGGAGGAUUCCGGUGGGGGCCCUGGUUGGGUUGAAGGGCCAAGCUGGCACCCUGCCACCCCAGUGGACGGACAUCUCGUCUCACGCAGGCAGGAGGGAGCCCUGCUUCCCGCACCACAGAGAGGGCAGCCUCUGUUGCAUCGGCAGCCCCCACACGUGAGCGACUCCUGUUCCCGGGGUUUUGAAUGUUGUGUUCCCGUGCAUUCCUGUUUUCAAUUAAGUUAUUCCCGACGUCACCCCUUCGCUCUGUCUACCUGGUACUCGGUGCAAGUGUUUGGAAUGGUGUUUCAAAAGAAAAACGACUCACGAGGAACCAGCAA